UUAGUUAAGUGAAAAAUAUUAAUUGGGUUGAGUGGGGUGGGCUUUUGGUUGAUUGGACCGAAACGAAGGAGAGGAAAAGAGUGUAUUAGCCAUUAUGCAUAGCAGCUCAGUCUUCUCCUCUCUUCCUCCUCCUAAGCUACGACUCACCGCACUCUACUCGGCUCCAACCACCGAUUCCAAUUCCAAUUCCAUGGCUGCUGCUUCUCCGAAGUGGGCCCAGAAGACCAUAACUCUGCCUCCUCUCCGCCGUGGCUGUCACCUCAUCACCCCUAAGAUUACCAAAGAAUUAGGUGAUGACUUAUCCCAGUUCAAUUGUGGUUUGGCUCAUCUAUUCUUGCAGCACACAAGUGCUUCUCUGACCAUUAACGAGAACUACGAUACUGAUGUUAGGGAUGACACUGAGACAUUCCUUAACAACAUAGUCCCUGAGGGAAAUUCAGCUCCUUGGAAGCAUACACUGGAAGGCCCGGAUGACAUGCCUGCUCACAUUAAGUCUUCCAUGUUUGGUUGUCAACUAACGAUCCCAAUUACCAACGGCAAGUUUAACAUGGGAACUUGGCAGGGAAUAUGGCUGUGCGAGCACCGUGACUACCCUACCGCGCGCAAAGUGGUGGUAACCCUGAAUGGAAUAUGAGAAUCUGUGACUUGUUUGUUUUCUUAUAAAACUAGUAUUUGUUCAAUGUUAAUGUGCCAUUAUUGCUCUACCCUCUUAUAUUACCACCAAAAAGUGAGAACUCUUAUUUAUAAGCAUGAGAAUUACAAAGAGUGUAGCUGAAAAAGCUCCACUGCUUUAAUUUAACAGACUUUAUUACAUUUA